AUGGGGUCCGAAUCGAAUCAUGUCGAGAAACUCGAUGCACUGGUUGUCGGUGCUGGGUUCGGAGGUGUAUACCAGCUCAAGCGCCUGAGAGAAUUGGGCUAUAGGACUAAGCUUGUUGAUAGCGGCGGCGAUUACGGUGGUGUAUGGUACUGGAAUAGGUAUCCUGGCGCGCGCGUCGACAGCACUACCCCUCACUACGAGUUCGAUGACCCGGCUUUGUGGAGCACAUGGGCUUGGAAACAGAGGUUCCCAGACUCUCUCGAGAUCCGGGAUUACUUUUCUCAUGUCGCAGAAGUAUGGGAUUUGCGGAAGGAUACCUAUUUCAAUACCUUUGUGAAGUCUGCCAGCUGGGACGACUCUGAGACUCUCUGGACUAUCGAGACUCGGGAAGGCAUUGUUUUCGAGGCCAAGUACUUCUUGUUGAACACAGGCUUUGCCGCCAAGCGAUACAUCCCAGACUGGCCCGGCAUUGAAACAUUCAAGGGGACUUUCAUUCACCCAUCGUAUUGGCCUCACGAGGAUUUAGACCUGAAGGGCAAGAGGGUGGCUAUAAUUGGUACUGGCUCAACUGGGGUGCAACUGGCAACAGAACUCAGUUCAGCGGUUAGCGAACUUGUGAUCUUUCAACGCACACCCAAUACGGCUUUGCCCAUGAAGCAGGUCAAUUACAAGAAUGGGGAGCAGGCACUCAGACGGGAAGCGUACCCAGAGCUUUUCAAGGCUCGCCCAUUGUCCUUUAGCGGCUUCUCAUUCAGUCCUAUUGGUCGCAACACAUUCGAUGAUCCCCCUGAAAAACGGCUGGCGAUCUACGAGGCCCUUUGGAAAGAGGGUGACUUCAAAUUUUGGCUUGCCAACUACCAGGACCUUCUUUCGAGCAAGGCUGCCAACAAUGAGGCAUACUCAUUCUGGCGUGACAAGACCCGCGCCAAGAUUCAUGAUCCCCGCAAGCAGGACCUCCUCGCACCGAUAACAGCACCAUACAGUUUCGGCUGUAAGCGAAUCUCUCUCGAGCAAGGUUACUUCGAGAUUUUCAACAAGCCCCAUAUAUACCUUGUCGACGUGAACGCAACCCCAGUUCAGACUAUCACCGGGAAAGGAAUCAGAACUUCCGAGAAAGAGUGGGAGUUCGAUCACAUCAUAUGUGCUACUGGCUUCGACAGCAUUACAGGUGGGCUUAAGCAAAUCGAUAUCAAGAGCAUUUGUGGCGAGAGCCUGGCCGACUAUUGGAAGAAAGGGACUCGGACUUAUCUCGGCAUGACAGUCUCCGGAUUCCCAAAUAUGUUUUUUACGUAUGGGCCUCAGGGACCCACGGCGCUCUGCAAUGGACCAACUGUGAGUAGCCCCAAGUGCUUUUUUGAACUGGCAGCAGACCACCCUGAGCAUGAAGAAAAUGAUUCGAGCUGA